GCUUGAGGGAUUGCCACAAAUGGUCAGGCGGCGGCGGUGGCGGAGGGAGAAGAAAAGGCGGCUGCGGCGGCAGGAGUAGCGUCGAGAGCAGCCGGAGCUGCCGUGCGCUCUUGCGUGGCUGGCGGCGGAGUGGAGGAUCGUGCCGGGGUGGCCCCUUCCCGUCUGCCGCGCCGCCGCCGCCGCCUCCCCUUCAUGAGUCUCAAGUUUGAGCUGGCCGGGGAAGGCGAAGGCAAGGAGCAGCAGCCUGGCUCGUGAGGCGCAGCCGGCGGCGGCGAGAGGAGCAGCGGCAGGAGGCGGCCAAGUAUGGCUGAGAAGUGGGCUGUGCAAGUUUGCGGCGGGGCGGCAGCGGCGACCAGGGCGGGCGGCCGAGCCGGCGGGCCCCCACGGCGGCUGCUCCUGGCGCUGCGGCUGGCGGUGCUGCUGCUGCUUUGGGCGGAGGCGCCGGUGCUUCCCGUGCGGGGCCAGGCGCAGCAGCCGCAGCCGCAGCAGUACAACGGCGAGCGGGGCAUCUCGGUGCCGGACCACGGCUACUGCCAGCCCAUCACCAUCCCGCUGUGCACGGACAUCGCCUACAACCAGACCAUCAUGCCCAACCUGCUGGGCCACACCAACCAGGAGGACGCCGGCCUGGAGGUGCACCAGUUCUACCCGCUGGUCAAGGUGCAGUGCUCGGCCGAGCUCAAGUUCUUCCUGUGCUCCAUGUACGCGCCCGUCUGCACCGUGCUGGAGCAGGCGCUGCCGCCCUGCCGCUCCCUCUGCGAGCGGGCGCGCCAGGGCUGCGAGGCGCUCAUGAACAAGUUCGGCUUCCAGUGGCCCGACACGCUGCGCUGCGAGAAGUUCCCCGUGCACGGCGCCGGCGAGCUCUGCGUGGGCCAGAACACCUCCGAGCGCGGCACGCCCUCGCCCUCGCCCGGGCCCGAGCUCUGGACCAGCAACCCGCAGCUGCGGGCCGGGGGCGGCGGGGCGGCGGGCGGAGGGGCCGGGGGCCCCCUAGCGGACAGGGCCGGCCGCUUCACCUGCCCGCGGGGCCUCAAGGUGCCGGCCUACCUCAACUACCGCUUCCUGGGCGAGAAGGACUGCGGGGCCCCCUGCGAGCCCGGCCGCCCUUACGGGCUCAUGUACUUCGGGCCGGAGGAGCUGCGCUUCUCGCGCACCUGGAUCGGCAUCUGGUCGGUGCUGUGCUGCGCCUCCACCCUCUUCACGGUGCUGACCUACCUGGUGGACAUGAAGCGCUUCAGCUACCCGGAGAGGCCCAUCAUCUUCCUCUCGGGCUGCUACACCGCUGUGGCCGUAGCCUACAUCGCUGGCUUCCUGCUGGAGGAGAAGGUGGUCUGCAACGAGCGCUUCUCCGAGGACGGCUCGCGCACUGUGGCCCAGGGCACCAAGCGGGAAGGCUGCACCAUCCUCUUCAUGAUGCUCUAUUUCUUUGGCAUGGCCAGCUCCAUCUGGUGGGUCAUCCUCUCCCUCACCUGGUUCCUGGCUGCCGGCAUGAAGUGGGGCCACGAGGCCAUUGAAGCCAACUCCCAGUACUUCCACCUGGCUGCUUGGGCUGUGCCGGCUAUCAAAACCAUCACCAUCUUGGCCUUGGGGCAGGUGGACGGGGAUGUGCUCAGUGGCGUCUGCUUUGUGGGCAUCAACAACGUGGACGCCUUGCGGGGCUUUGUGUUGGCUCCUUUAUUCGUUUACUUGUUCAUUGGCACCUCCUUCCUGCUGGCUGGAUUUGUGUCCCUCUUCCGAAUCAGGACCAUCAUGAAGCAUGACGGUACCAAGACAGAGAAGCUGGAGAAGCUGAUGGUGAGGAUUGGGAUCUUCAGCGUCCUUUACACAGUACCUGCCACCAUUGUAAUUGCCUGCUAUUUUUACGAGCAAGCUUUCAGGGAACAGUGGGAAAAGAGUUGGUUUGCCCAGAGCUGCAAAAGCUAUGCCAUCCUGUGUCCUAACCACCACCACCAUUCUCCCAUGAGUCCAGACUUCACCGUCUUCAUGAUCAAAUAUCUCAUGACCUUAAUUGUAGGCAUAACUUCCGGCUUCUGGAUUUGGUCUGGGAAGACGCUCAAUUCUUGGAGAAAGUUUUACACCAGACUCACCAACAGUAAGCAAGGGGAAACGACUGUGUGAAAUUCACACACCCAAUUAAGGCGAGCAGGCAAAUGGCCCCUGCUAUGUCUGCCCAUUGUCCCAGCCAGAGAGGGAAGAUCCUCACACAACCAUUCCUUCGACUCUCCCUCCCUCCCUCUCCCCAACCUUCUCAGCCUAAAAGGAUCUGAAAGGAAAGACGCUGGUGGGAAGGACACACCUUUUUCUCCCUUUCUUCAGCUGGGACUAAACUUACUAUAAAGUUGGGGAUUUACCUUUGAGAGUGUUGUAAAUAGGCUCUGUAAGAUUUUGUAAGUAUAUUUGUAUUUAAAUUGCAACGUUCUCACUUUCGUAAUUAUUUUGAAGUUUUUAACCCAUUUGCAGACUUUUUUUAAAAAAAGAAAGGAAAACAGAUAGUUUUUUUUUAAGCAUGAGAUGAAAACAUAGGAACCAAAACAGUCCUCUUUUCUCCCCUGCCCACUUGUUGCUUUUCAAAUCGAAUCAAGACUGACUUGUUUCAUAAGUGGUUGUAAUACCCAAAUCAUUUGCAUGAUAUCCCAAAUGAUCUUUGGGAAGUUGCAGGCACUUGAUCUCUGCUCCAUAACAAAUACAGGCAAGGAGUGGAAGAGGCUAACCCUUCUCAUUCUCUGUAUGGCCUGGAGAAAUAAAGGAAGAAGCAGUUUUACCUGUUCUAGCUCCUCUGUGGGAGGGGCCGGGGAUGGGGGGGUGACUUAUGUUAGUCAGUUGGGUUCCUGUUACUUGCCUAAGACAUUUUUCAGUAAGCAAACUUAAGUGAGAAACAGCCUCCCAAGCUCUAACAAAAGGUGUGACCUGUUUUAAAAUGCAUGAAAUUGAAAGGCUGUGAAUGAAAGCUUCUUUGCAGCUGCAGCCAUACUGCAUGUCUGAUAGUUCUAAGAACUGUCAUAGAAACCCAACUCUUUUAACUUUGUGUACAAGCCAAGGAGAAGCAGUUCUUCUCUUCUGCAGAAAUCAAACCAUUUGGUUCUCAUUUUUGCUCUGUGGCUGGAUGGAAAGGAAGCUUUUCUGUGUUCAGUGUGAUUUGGCGGUCUGUUUCUUAACAGUUUUUUGUUAAUAACCGUUUUGCUGGAGGAGAGCUACCAGGGACCGCUGCAUUGGUUUUGGAGACAAGCUCAGCAUGGCUAAGAAUAAAGGGAGAAAUCAAAAGUUCUCUGCUCCUUGGUUUAUUCAGAGUAUUUGUAACAUUAACAUUUCAUUUCUAGAAAUCUUUAUGAGCUGGUGAAGCUUAAUUCCUUCCUGUUAAUAGUGAUUGAAAAGCAUAAUAAUUUAUGGCACCAGCAAAAAAGAAAUAUAAACUGAAUGAGUGGGUGCGAGACCCAAAGAAUCUACAAGCUUGACAUUUCAGAAUACUAAUUUAUAUGUAAAGCUAAGAGAGCCCAAAUGUGAUUGGACUGCUCUUUCUCUCUCUGAACUGUUACGGCUAUUUCCUUAACAGGUUUAUAAAGAUGCGUCAAAUUUAACUGGCAAACACAUUUUAAUAUUUAGUCCUUUGUAUGGCAAAACAGACUUGCUGCUUUUCUGAUUGUACUGUUACAAACUUUUUAUAUAAGCACCUGUCAUAAAUAUUAUCUAUGGCUUACCAUACCCUAGAAUGCAUAACAAUGUGAAUUUGAUAUGCGUUUCUUUCUGUUCACUAUCAAAAUCAUUUAUAUUUAUAGAGGAAUAGAAAG